CAAGCCAAUAUAAAGAUGAAAGAACAAAUAGAUGAGUUAGCUUUGGAAUGGGAUUGUGAUGGUACUACUUUAGAUUCACAAAUUCAAAGUGUUGUGCUUGAAAAGUUGCGACCCUCAACAAAUUUGAAAAGUCUCACCAUCAAAAGCUAUGGUGGAAUCAACUUCCCUAAUUGGUUAGGUGAUUCUUUAUUUAGCAACAUGGUUCAUUUAAGGAUCUUGAAUUGUAAUGAUUGUUUAUGGCUUCCAUCCCUUGGAAAAUUGGGUAAUCUGAAAGAACUCGUUAUUGAAGGGAUGCAAUCAGUGGAUACAAUUGGUAUUGAGUUCUAUGGAAGUGGUGAUUCUUCGUUUCAACCAUUUCCUUCUUUGGAGAGUCUACACUUUGGGAAUAUGCAAGAGUGGAAGCAAUGGGACUUGAUUGGAGAUACGGCUACAACGUUUCCUAAUCUAAAAACUUUAUCACUAAGAAAGUGCCCGAAACUGAUAGCCGGAAACAUAACUGAAAUAUUUCCUUUCUUAACCGAACUUGAAUUAAGAGAAUGUCCUUUAUUGGUGCAAUCAAUUUCAUUAUCUGAUCAUGUAUUUGGGCAACUGAUGUUCCCUCUGAAUUCUCUUCAACAGCUGACCAUAGACGGUUUUCCAUAUCUGAUGUCGUUCCCAACAGACGGUCUACCAAAAACCUUGAAACUUCUCAUAAUCAGUAACUGUGAGAAUCUAGAAUUCCUUCCUCACGAUAACUUGCAUAAUUAUACAUCGCUUGAGGAAUUGAAAAUAUCUUAUAGCUGUAAUUCAAUGAUAUCAUUUACCUUAGGCACUCUCCCUGUCCUCAAGAGUCUGUUUAUUGAAGGUUGUAUAAAUUUGAAGUCAAUAUUAAUUGCCGAAGACGAGUCAGAAAAGAGUCUCACAUUUCUUAGAAGCAUCAAAAUAUGGGAUUGUAAUGAAUUGGAGUCAUUUACUCCAGUUGGAUUGGCCGCUCCAAAUCUUCGCUAUAUUGCAAUGUGGAAGUGUGAGAAGCUUCAUUCACUACCAGAAGCAAUGAACAGUCUGGCUGGCCUUCGAGAAAUGGAAAUUGAUAAUCUACCAAACCUUCAAUCUUUUGUCAUAGUUGAGUUACCUAGUAGUUUACAGAAACUGUCUGUUGGCUCUGUUGGUGGGAUUAUAUGGAAUACCGAGCCAACUUGGGAACAUCUCACUUGUCUUUCAGUUUUGCGAAUUAACGGUGAUGAUACGGUGAACACCUUGAUGGGGCCAUUGCUACCUACAUCGCUUGUAAAACUGUGCAUUUGUUGUCUUAAUGAUACAAGCAUUGAUGAGAAGUGGCUUCAGCAUCUCACUUAUCUCCAAAACCUUGAGAUUAUUAACGCUCCCAAACUCAAGUCGUUGCCAAAGAAAGGAUUUCCUUCCUCACUUUCAGUACUAAGUGUGACUCGCUCUCCAUUACUAGAAGCAAGUUUGCGGAAAAAGCGGGGGAAAGAGUGGCGUAAGAUUGCUCACAUUUCCUCAGUAGUUAUUAAUGACGAAUUGAUCACAUGAGUCUUGUUCGAGUGAGUUUUUCAAAUACUUCUCUUUUUGUUUCUUUCAUAUUAUUUUAUCAUCAAUUAUUGUGAAUUUCAAUAGUAAGAUCAAAAUACAAUACUAUAGCACUAGCACUAACUCAUUUAUUUUAAUCAUAGAACUACAUUUUGUGUCACCCCUGCAUCUUCCCAUUGUUGGUAUUGUAAGAAAGCAAAUUCACCUGGAAACCUGCCACCAAGUCCUGUAAUUGCUUUUCUGUUCAGCAAAUUCUGACUCCAAAUAUGUUGGGUGUUUUUUUUGUCUAUAUGAUAUAUUUUAAUGACUGUAUCAAGCUUUUUUAACAUGGUUUAAGUUUUUCUCUAUUCUAUUAGUCUAAUACAAAUCAUUUCUUUAUGCAUUUCCAUAUUUUUGUGUUUAUCCAACUGUCUUGACUUGAUAUUUUUUCUUUAUGUUAGUGAAUUAGAACUUUUUCCCCGUCAUGUAUAACAGUUAAAGCCAUAAAUUCUUAUUUUAACCUUUGUCAGUUUUUUAAAAAAUAUGUGAUUUUGGCAUGUCUUGUAUUGGGAAGGAUAUUUCAAAGGAUGUUGGCUUAUACCUAUAGUUAAUGCCGUGGACCAUCAAAAUUGUUUGAGUAUUGAAUUUGUCCCAUUUGUCACAUGAAUAAUAGAGUUCUUAUAUGGUGUGUGUAUGUUUACUCUAUUUAUCAGCUUGAGUCUAUUACAAGAAAAUAGCCCGUUUGACACGUUGCCGUAGCAUAGAUCAUUGUAAUGCAGCUAUUCUUGCUAAUGGUCAGUCAAUUAGGAUUUUAUCGCGCGUCAUCCAUAUGCAAUAUGCACCUAUAGAAAAAUAUCAUCAUGCAGUUCUAAUCAUUUGGAGCUAUUUUAGGUUUUAUUUGCCCUCAAAGCACUUGUCAGUGUGUUAAAUCUAAUCCAAGCCUAACUCUAUUGCUUCUGGUUUUAUUCGGAAACUAUAUGUGUAGUAUUUUACCAGCUUAUCUACCAGAUUUGGUGGCUUAGUCUAACUCUUUAAAUUAUUUUAUCUCUACAUUGUUUGCAGAUCUACCAAGGGCUUCAAGGGUAAUUGAUGGCUUGCACGAAGAUGGCAGCAGCGACAUCUCUUUCUGUCAGGAGCAGAUGAGAAGGAGAAAUACCAAUAUUGGCUUGAACAGAGAGUAUCAUGCAGGAUUUAGAAAUCUGCUGUUUUAGCAAAACUAGUGAUUUUGGCAUCAAUUGUGUUGGAAGGAGCUUGUUAAUGAUGCCACUCAAAAUUGCUUCAGUUAAUGCUGUGGACUAUCAAACUUAAUUUACUUCUAAAUCGCAAUCAUGAAGUCAAUCUAAUAGUGGAUUUCACUGCUGCUACCAGAUUCAGAACAUGCAGAAAUGAUCGAACUUGUGGCCUAACUCGAUAUGAAGAUUGACUUGUGUGUUAACAUUACUGCCAUUUUUUCUUGAAAGUCAGUUAAUAGGGUUUGUAUUUGCUCAACUGGAGAGGUAGAAUUGUCCAACAGUUUUCUUCACAAAGUAGAAGAUUAUGAAAUGCACCGUGACACGUAGAUGUGGGUUUAUAACAUUGAAGUUUGUGUGGUUUUGUUUAGAUAUUUCCUGUUUGUUGUGAUACAAUAAUAAAACUAAAGGAAGCAACAGCAGGGAUGGUGGUGAGUUGCUUAGUUUGGAUGAUGGAAGCGGAAGAGGAGUAGGAGAGAAGAAGAAGUUGAAGAACUUAAGACAAGAUUUUGAAAUGUAUCAUAUGGCAAGUUAGGAGAAUGAAAAUCCAUAAGGCGACUUUUAAACAAACAAGUCAGAAGUUUAAGUCUCAAAUAUGGCGACUUUCAAACAGCAAUAACUGUCUUCAAUAGCUCCAAUCUUAGCUGAGAUGUCAACGCAAGCAAAUCACUCUCCUAGAGGUAUCCUCAACAACAUUAACAAUGUUGUAGCACGGUGCUUUUAGCAAUAAUAUCUGAUCAUCAAUACUGGCCAAAACAUGUGGAACAACAACGUUAAUAAUAUGCACCUUAUUUGUCUGCAGCAGCUUUCGGUCCCGUAACUAGUUCAAUGAAAAAAAUUGGCCCUACAGGGUAAAGUGAUUUGAAAUGGUGUGUGCUCGACUUGAGUGACUAGCAAGAUCAUAUUGUCAGAAGUCAAUUCCCAGUAUUGUUAUGUUUUCAUUCAAGUCUACUCGGUUUAAUAUCACCUCACCAUGCAAAACCAACUUUCUUCAAAAGCAAAGGCUUCUGGAGACCAAUAAGGUGCAUAUGAGGAUGAGCAAAUGGCGUUUGAUCUGCCCAACAAUCUUGUAAGCCACUAGCUUGGCUUAGCAUUUAAUGUGACAUUAGUGAGGAAGGUAGAGUUCAGUUUGCUUUAUACCUUUUGUACUCAAAGUUUAGAUAUCAGAUGCACACUGCCCUUAAGAAAAAGUAUUGAAAACAUAAUAGUAUCGAUAAUGAUUUUUUAUAUAUAUGGAAUUUUUUUACAUCAUUGCACAGACAAUCGAAAUAUCAUACAUGGAGCGAUAGCCGACAACAUAUAUUCUCUGUUUUGGCCAUGCCCAUGUUGACAAUGUUUACAUGUUAAAAUUUUAUGGCACUUUAAAAUGAUGGUUUUGGUGAAUUUGAUGUUAAAAUCUAUCAAAAGCUUGAAAGAAAUGGACCUAUUUGAAUCGAGAAGGAAAUUGAGAAGGAAGAAGAUUCCUACUAUUUUGAUAACAUAUUGUUAAGGUGGGACGAGUUUAACUAGUAACAAUAAAUCAUUGCUAAGUUUUUAAUUGAUAAAGACAACUUGACAAGCAAUGGUUAUGACCUACUUACACUAUAAAGAUGAAAAAGAGUGUUACACUCGCUUGUGUUGGUUGGAUCAAAAAUUUGAAGAGAAGUUUGGUGUUGGUUUAAGAUGGUUCUUCGGAUUACUUUUUUGUUGGACUAUUUGGAAAUGUAGGAAUGAUGUUAUUUUUAAUGGCUUAGUUGUAGACUCUUUUGAUGAUUUAUUGGUUAUGAAAUCUUUGUCUUGGGAUUGGAUGGG